AUGACCGAAUCUGGCACUUGCACCGGCAUCAUCAACUUGCGCUACCAAGAUGGCAGCGUGGGAAGCCCCUCCAAUCCCGCAAAGUUCAACAACCAAGAUUAUGACCAGCUGAAAUAUUACAACCAGAGAAGGAGGAGGCUUUUUGUGGACAACACUUUCCCACCAAACAGGAGCUCCCUGGGUGACCUGCCUGAUCUGACCCAAUGGCAGGAAGAAGAGGUGGAAUGGCUCAGACCUGUGGACAUCCUGAAAUUGCUAAAUGUGAGGAAGGAGCUAACAUUCUUUGAAGAGGGAACUUCAAGAUUUGACUUUGGUCAAGGGAAAGUGGGUAACUGCUGGUUUUUGGCUGCAAUUGCAUCGUUGACUUUCAAGAAAGACUUGAUGGUGCAAGUGGUCCCUCUUGGCCAAAACUUCAGGGACUAUGCAGGAAUAUUCCACUUUAGGUUCUGGAGGUUUGGAAAGUGGGUGGAUGUUGUCAUUGAUGACUAUCUACCAAUAUACCGGGAGCAGUUUCCAACACUUCAAAAUUUGUUCCUCUCUGUUCACUCCAAAGGCGGGAAUGAGUUCUGGGCUCCUCUGCUAGAGAAAGCCUAUGCCAAGAUUUGUGGUUCAUAUGCAGAUAUGAUUGCCGGUCUUCCGUCAGAGGCCUUUAAGGAUUUCAGUGGAGGGGUACACAUGACUUAUAACCUCCGAGAGGCCCAUUCUGCAACCCAUGAUGUUGAGCUGUGGGCUUCGUUGAUGAGAGCUGCUCAUUGCAAAUCAAUGAUUUGCUGUGGUACACAAGAGGGAGUGGAUGCACGGUCACAAAAUGGACUGGUGGACUUUCAUGCCUACUGUGUCACAGGCGUGACUGAGGUUGUCCACAGAGGGUCCAAAGUGAAGCUGGUACGACUGUUUAACCCUUGGGGCCAUCAUGAGUGGAAUGGAAACUGGAGUGAUGGGUCAAAGUUGUGGGAUGAAGUCAACUCUCAGGAUCGUGCCAAGUGUUUGGAACGCGACGAUGGAGAGUUCUGGAUGGAGCUGGAGGACUUCUGUUACUGCUUUUACCUAAUGUCCAUCUGCUGUGAGAACCCCAACUUUAUUGAUGGGGACCUCAACUGCCAGUGGAAGUGCAUGAUUUAUGAUGGCCAGUGGGAAAUGGGGAGAACCGCUGGGGGCAGCGUCAAUCAAGAUUCAUUUUCCACAAAUCCUCAGUAUCGUAUUAUGGUGAUGAACAUUGACAGAAAGGAGCACCAAGACAAGAACAUCGUUCUGUCUUUGAUGCAGAAGCCUGCCCAACGGUUUCGGAAAAAGACAAGAUACAUCCCCAUUGGCUUGACCGUCUUCCAGGUGCCACCAGGGACACCACAAGGGCGCCUUGGAACUGAAUUCUUCAGGCGCAACAGGCCUGUGAAGCGUCGCCAGGUCUACGCUUAUGAAAGGGAGCUGGUGGAGCUGCAUAGUCUGCAGCCUGGAGAGUAUGUGAUCGUCCCCUCCACUGUGAAACCAAACAAGACUGCCGAGUUCGUUCUCACCAUCUACUCCAAGACUGAUAGUGAAAUCAAGCCCCAUGAUGGUGAUGAUCAUGAUGACCACGCCGAUGAGCACAAUGUUACUCCUGAGCCAGCUGACCACGGCCAUGACACGGAUCCAGUCCGUGACAUUUUCAAACGCUAUGCUGAUCAGAAUGGUGAGCUAGGUGACAGACAGCUCCAAAAGCUCCUGAAUGAUAACUUCCCUCACGGUUUUGACUGGAGCACCUGCAGGAGGAUGAUCACCAUGGUGGAUACCAAACGUCGAGGCAAGAUGGCCUACGACGAAUUCUUGAAUCUCUGGAACAAGAUUGAAGAAUUCAAGAAACUCUUCAGUCGCUCAGAUGUUUCUCAGACCGGAACCCUGUCCUUCGACGAGCUACAGAAUGCAAUUCAGAGUGCAGGGAUAGACGUGAACGACGGCAUGAUUUUUCAUCUGAUGUUCCGUUAUUCGGGCUCCUUCACAGCCAUCUCUCUGGAGGACUUCAUCACACUGAUGAUACACCUGACAAACAUGUCCAACGUAUUCAAGAACAUUGCUUCAGAUGGCGUUAUUAAUAUGGACUGGAACGAGUGGACCAAGUUAGUGGCGCACAUGUAGACAUCUGGUUCACAGGAAAACGAAGACAGAAAUGAUGGCUCCAGACUUGAUGUAAAAAAGCUCUCUUCCCAUCCAAAACUACUUUUUCAGCCUUAGUUUUCCAUUUGUGUAACCAGUUGUGUAAACAGUCUGGAACAAGUGUGAUUUCUAUGUUACAAGUAAAGCGUUCACCCUGUCAAAUCUCUGCUGUGUAUACACUGAAAAGUCGGUAUACAA